AGAUUAGUAUAUACGACUAUAUCUAGUUAUGGUGUGAUCCUGUUCUCUCUGAGGAUAAGUAGACUCCCGCUGAUUCUAUCAGUAUUAGAUGAUACGAUACAGCCUUUGCAGGGGUUACUGUCGCCAAAUAUCCCAACAAAUCAGGUUGUUAUCUAGCAGUCACAGUCAUUAUGAACGUUUGGAUAUUAAACGGGAUGCAUCGAAAAAGGAUAUAAAAUCCGCUUACUUUACCAAAGCAAAGCAGUGUCACCCUGACCUUUACCCUGAUAACCCUACCAAAGCAGAAGAAUACCUCCACCUACAAGAUUCCUACAACAUUCUUAUGUCUUCUGAAUCCGACCCAAGCGAUCACAGCACCCCUGCACCAAUGGAAAAUAGGACAGACUUUGCGCAGGAGAUCGACAAAGAGUUUCUAAAGAGCGUCUGGAGAGACCCAAUAGCACGUGAUAAGACGGGACUACAUCUCAACACCUCCCUCCUCAGUCCCUCCACCAUAUCCCAUUAUAUCAACAAGUCCCUGAACGUGGUAGUGUGUGGCUGUGUUGCAGCGGUGGUUAUGCUCGGCUUCUACCAGUACAUGUUAUGGGUCACCUCAGGGGACGAGACAGAGGAGGAGAGAAGGAGAAGAGAAGAGCACGCCUACUAUCGUAAUCUAAAUCAAAGUAGGGCUAUCACACAGAGAUUACCAGAAUCUGUUCAGACACCUACAGAGCUUUGAAUCCUUUAUUUCCGUUUUAGGAACUCUGAAAGUGGCGUGGUCUAUCAAGAACCUGACAAGAUAUGUUCAAUUCUAGUUUCGAGUAUCGACACAUUACGAGCUGUUAAGAAACAUUGUAAUAAAAAGUUUUGGAACAAUACAUUUAUAAAAGCAGAACAUCGUUUAUUUUAUGUUUUAUUGUAAUUCAAUUGGCAGUAAUGUGGAUUGAGGGUAGCAGAUCUUGGUCACGUACCGUAAUUUACUUUUUUAUUUAUGAUCUCUGCGCGAGGUCAGAUAAUAACAUUCAUUUUGUGGUUUCAUAUUUAUUAAACGUAUUGGAUUUUUAAUUUUUGAUUUACAAGUACCUGCUUUUUUAAAAAUUUACAACCUGCUUC